AUUGAAUGUUUACCAGCAAUGCUUUCUGGGAGUCUGUGAUUAUGACAACCAGGUUAAACAACGAGGAACCUGCUGCUGAACAGUGGACACACGUUUCUGUAAAUUACAAGGAAACCCAUGGCGUUCUCUGAGAAGGAAUAUUUUGAGAAAACCGGCAACAUGCAACACAAGUUACACCAAAGUGAAAAAAAGAGGUUGGAGCUAGAAAAGCAGCUAUUUGCAUAUAGCAGAUCUGAUGAGCGAAUUAACCAGAUAAAAAAUGCUCAACUCCAGUGCUACCUGAAGGAGAUAUGUGAGAGAGAGAAACGGGCUCGGAUUAGAAACCGUGAGUUCCUGAAGGAUUUUGAUCGCAUUGAAUCACACAUAAGGAUGCUGGCUACUCAUAAUAACACUCUCCAUCAAACAAGGGUAAUAUUGGUGGCAUAUGAGAAUCAGAUUCAGAAGCAAUCAUCAGUUUGGAAAAAUGACACUGAGUUAAGAAGAGAGCAGAAAGGAGCAUGUGCAGACCAGGGAAAGCAGUUACCUGGAACCUCUGUAGCUCGUCUUGGUGCAGACCUCGCUGAAGGACUUUACCAGCCUGCAACCAUCUUUAUGGGGCGCCAGAGCUGCAGCUAUUCAAGCAGCCCAAAUUUAGCAGUCAAGCGGAAGUCCUUCCAACCAAUAGAGCAUUUUCACAGUCCUCCUCUGCCUUCACCUGUACAGGAGGAGAAGCACAUUCCAGCUAAGAAGAAUGAAGAAGCUGUUAAAAUGAGGAGAGGAAGCAGUACUACAGAAAACUCCAGAUCAUCUGAAUGUAGUGCCCGAAUAAAUUCACCUGAAUAUAGGGCAGUGUUGCAAUCUGGAGUCAGCACGGCAGUUCAAGGGAGAUGUACUAAUAUCAUUUCUGAAGAAAUGCAUAGAAAUGAACCUCCACUAAGUCCAACAUGUCCUUCUCCUAUUAUCCUUUCCAGAAGUGGAUCUUCAUUAAAGAUGCACAAUGACCCAGCUCUGGAACAAAAACAGGAAAGUGUUCCUCACAGCCCAAACCAUAGUACCCUACACAAUGUAGAAGACAACACUGCAGACACCUCCAGUGAUCUUACUGUUUCACUGAGCGAGGAUGAAGGGCAAGAGGGACCACCUGAAGAUGAGGGCCACGUGGAUCUCCUGGAAGAAAAGGCUGGCACCCCUGAAAGUGCUGGGCUUACUCACUGCAAUAAAGAACCGUCACUAGUGCCUCAGCAAAGAGGCUGCACCAGCCUUGUACAAGCCUCUGAUCAACAGGAUGCAGCUGACACAUCUUUGACAAAUUUAACUGCGGAAGAGAGUUGUCUGUCAGUUGAAGAAUUCUUCCAUUUACUAAAAAGUAUUGAAGGAAGAUUGAAUCAAACCAGCACAGGCAGCUUUGCGCUAUAUCAAUCCUCGACUGUAAGCAAAAGAAAGCUUAAUGAUAUCAUAAGCCUUUGUCAUCGGAAGGGUAGCUUGAGUGGAGAGGACCUCGAAGCCUGUGGAACAGCUGUCCUUCAUCAGCUUCAGAGGUUGUCACGGAGCACGUCAAAAGGGUGUUUGUUACCAGAGGAGAUACUCGCCAACAACUGGACUUCUGUGGAUGAAAACAAAUUAAGAUCAUGUCUGCCUUCAGAUUCUGUGAUAUUGUGGGAUCGUUGGUACAAGCAUGCUCUCGUAUUGGAAGAUCUCCACAUACUCACUAGGGAUGAGAUUUCAGAAAUAUUUGCACCUUUAUUAGUGGCUGAAAACUCUAAAAAUAUCAACAAGGCCACAGCAUUGCUAAAGGCACUCCUUCCAGAUGCGGCUGAAGGAAGCCUUUCUCUUCAAAGUAAUGAAUCUUCUUGCAGUCUGCCAUCCAUCCUCAAUGACAGUGGUGACAUAAAACAAGCCAAACCUGCUCAAUGGCUGUACAGUACUGUCCUUGGGAAACAAGGACUGCAAAGUGGUGAAGAGGACGACAAGGAAGAGAGCUUGGCAGAAAGUGUUCCAAUUAGAGAGACAAAAGCAUAUCAGCUGCUUAAACAAUCUGCUGUGCAGCAGAGAGGACAGCAUUCUGAAGAGGAAGACGAUGUUUCUGAGCUGGAGCUGUCAGGAAUAAAAAAUGAAAGAAACAUGUCUGCUGUCAAAGAAGAAAAUCUUGAUUCAAAAACAAGUACAUCGUUAAGUCAAGAAAGUCCACAAUCAAGGAACAAAGCCUUGAAGAGAAUGGUUUCAACUGUAAAAUCUAAGGCAUUCUGGGGUGAGUCUGACGACAGCAACUCUGACAUUGAAGCUGCUUUGCGCCCCCAAACUCACAGCACAUAUGAUGAUGAUUUUGAUGAUUUUUAUGACUAACAUUGACUCAAGUCUCAUGAGAAGAAAGAUAGUUUUAUGUCCGGCAAUUACAAAGGGAUAUAUUUGUUCAGAUUACAAUUUUAAUCAAUUCUCUGUGAAUUUCAAAUGCAAAUUACUGUAACAUUUUCCAUGUUUUAAUUAAUUAAAUGCACAAUUCUGA